AAUUACCCCCUCGUGAUAUUAUUGGUUCAAAAGUUCAACAUGUAUCGACUUCUGUUGAGGAUCCUUCUAUCGUGUUAGAUCAUCCAGACCUUACAUCUUCCUCCAAUGAUGCCACUCCGUCCAAUGCUCCUUCAGAAAAUAAGGAACACGACAGGAAACGUCGUAAAUUGGAUCAUUUGAUAGAUUCAAUCGGUGAUGGUAGUGGAAGUUCUGGCAGUGGAGUUCGUCGACGUGGACGAUUUUUAGUGGAAACGCCGGAAUUUAGUAGCAUCGAUUGGAAUAAUAUAGAUUUCAUAUUUAUUACUAAUUACAACCAUAUGCUGGCUUUACCUUAUAUUACUGAAUAUACGGAAUUCAAAGGAAAGAUUUACGCCACAGAACCAACUGUUCUAUUUGCACGACAGAUGAUGAAAGAAUUGGUACAUUUCUUUGGUGAUAGUGCGCUUCUAAGUCGAACUCAUUCACAACCUGGAUCUACGAAUAUUUUCACGGGUGUUACCGCGGAUUGGAAUGUUGCACGAUCUUUAUAUUCAAUAGCGGACAUUCAAUCAUGUAUUGAUAAAGUGAGACCCGUAAGAUUUGGAGAGCAUUUGAACUUAUACGAACUUGAAGUUACUGCUUUUAGUUCAGGAUAUUGUCUUGGUGCCGCUAAUUGGAUGAUUGAUUGUGGUGGAGAAAAGAUUGCCAUAAUAUCGUCAUCUUCCACGAUACCGAUACAUCCUUUACCUUUCGAUGAGGCAAUAUUUAAUGAAGUUGACGUUGUCAUCCUUAGUGAUUUGCGUGAUGAGGAUAGCGCUAGAUUUGAAAACAUUCUUAUGGAAAUUGGACAAUUAGUUGCAAAUACUUUAAAAAGCAAAGGAAACGUUUUAUUUCCUUGUACAAUGAAUGGAAUUAUUUUUGAUAUAAUGGAUUUUUUGGAUAAACAUUUGAAAGCUAUGGGAUUACGUGGUAUUCCGUUCUAUGCAGUAUCACCCAUAGCAGAAGAAUCACUAAAAUAUUCUAAUAUUUGUGGGGAAUGGAUGUGUACAGAGAGGCAACAAAAAAUGUAUCUACCAGACAAUCCGAUGCCUCAUCAAGACAUGAUUGAACAGAUGACGUUAUAUUAUGCAUCUAGGGCUGAUAGCACACUUCAAGAAAAAUACCAGGAGCCAUGUGUGGUCUUUGCUGGGCAUCCUUCAUUACGUAGUGGUGCUGCGACAAAUUUCAUUAGAAAAUGGGGGAAUAAUGCAAAUAAUUCAAUAAUAUUUAUAG